AUGAUAGCUAAAUUAGAUAGAACGAAGAAAGUAGCCUCGGAUAGGACUGAUAAAACUUAUAACGACCCGGCAAAGUUAAGGAAAAAACGAUUUUGGAAGCGACAACAAUUGCGAAUAGCCACCUGGAAUGUUACAUCAAUUGCUAACAAAGACCAAGAAACCAUAAUAGAGCUUAAGAAACAUAAAAUAGACAUAUGUGCCUUGUCUGAGAAGAAAAAGAAAGGAGCUGGCAACUUUAGAAUCGCGGAGUAUACAUUGAUAUAUAAUGGGAAACCAAAAGAUGAAAGAGCAGCAUCGGGAGUAGGCCUAUUAGUGCACGAGAAAUACGACAAAAACAUAAUAGACAUAAAGUAUAUAAGCGACAGACUGCUACAAACCACGUUUAAAUUUACAGAAACAACUAAAACCCAUAUAUUAAGCGUGUAUGCUCCUGAUACGAGUAAAAGUCAAGAAGAAACAGACUCAUUCUAUGAUGAACUGCAGAUCACCAUGGAUAAGAUACCGAAGCAAGACGAAAUUAUGAUACUGGGAGAUUUUAAUGGAAGGAUUGGUAAAGAGGUUAUUAGUGGAAUUAAGAAUCGGUUUAACGAAGAAACACUCAACAGCAAUGGAGAACAACUCAUACAAUUCUGUGCACAUAAUGAACUACGCAUUAACAACACGUUUUAUCCCCAUAAACAACAGCACAAGUAUACGUUCGAGAACACAAGAGGACAUAAAUCGAUUAUAGACUACAUUAUUACAAACAGAAAUAUUCAUCCCUCAAAAAUAUUAGAUGUCAGAACAUUAACCUCAGUAAACACAGGGAUUAACCACCAUAUGGUGCUAGCCAUAAUGCGGAACUGCGUACAAAGGAAAACCCAGAACAAACCGAAAGUGACAGAAAAGCUGAAGAUAGAAGCCUUGGCGAUGAUACCACAAAAUACCUCUACCAGCAAAGACUAA